CUUUUGAAAUGCGCAUUAUUUGAUUUUGAAUAGAUAUCGAAGUAUCUGAGGAUGAGGCUUGUGAAAUUCGGAAAUAUGCAUCCCAAACCAGUGCUUUGGACCGAUCAAUUGGGAAUAGUAGUAAUACUUCUAACCUCUAUGGUGGUCAGACCGCGUGGACUAUGCUCAAUGAGGAAAAGUUUAGUACUCGCAUUACGACAUCUUGUGUGGAUCUAGAUAACAUCCUUGGUGGAGGGAUUACCUGCAAAGAAGUUACUGAAUUAGGUGGAGUUCCCGGCAUUGGUAAAACACAAAUUGGGAUUCAACUUGCAGUAAAUGUUCAGAUUCCACUAGAGUAUGGUGGUCUAGGUGGGAAGGCAAUAUACAUUGACACAGAGGGAAGUUUUAUGGUUGAACGUGUUUUACAAAUUGCGGAAGCAUGCAUAGAAGACAUGCCAGAAUAUAGCCACCACUUUCACAACAAUGUUCAAGAUUGCGAAGUCAAAAUGCACCCUAAUAGUAUAUUGGAAAAUAUAUUCUAUUUUCGCGUUUGCAGCUAUACUGAACAAAUUGCUUUGGUGAAUUACUUAGAUAAAUUCAUUGAAGAGCAUAAAGAUGUAAAAAUCAUCAUUAUUGACAGUGUCACCUUCCAUUUCCGCCAAGAUUUUGAUGACAUGGCACUCAGGACUCGGUUAUUGAAUGAAAUGGCUUUGAAGUUGAUGAAGCUUGCAAGAAAGUUCUGUUUGGCUGUUGUUCUUUUGAAUCAAGUGACAACCAAGUACAUUGAAGGUUCAUAUCAAUUGACCCUUGCACUAGGCGAUAGCUGGUCGCAUUCAUGCACGAAUCGGAUAAUCUUAUUUUGGAAUGGCGAUGAACGGCAUGCGUAUAUUGACAAAUCUCCUUCUCUGAAAUCAGCAUCUGCAGCGUAUUCCGUGACCACUAGAGGGAUCCGUAAUUCUAAUUCAAGCUGCAAACGAAUCAAGAUGGUGUGAGAUUCUUUUUGACUGGCAACACACUCUAAAACUCGUUUUCCUGACUAGCCUAAUUUUCUUUUGUUUUGAGUGAAUGAGAUACAAAAGAGAAAGAAAACAAAAGGCAAAUCGAAAGACAAAAAAAACUAAUAUAGCCAGGUUCCUAACAAUCGGAUUUGAAUCCUCUAAAUUUUGAAUGUUAUUUUAAAGGGUAAAGUGUGAUCUCUCACCAUUUAUAGAGAAAAUAAGAGAAAACUAUUCAAAAGUGAGAGAUCACACUUUACCAUCUCAAGUGAAAAUUUAAAAUUUAAAGAAUUCAAAUUCGUAACAACCACAAUAAAACAUAAUAGCGGCAUGAACCGAACUAUUUGCACUUAGCCACUCCCGGAAAUCUAAUUCUGACUGGGCUCCUUCUUUAGCUAUGAAUUGGCAACUUUAUUAGCCUCCCUUUUGGAUCAAACCAAAACUAGAAAUCCAAGUUCUUUGCUGUUUUAAUUCAAAGAUUUCUUUGAUAA